ACGCUCUACAGCUAUAUAAUCCUGACAUCUCUGUUACUCUACCUGUAAAGUUUUCGGGAAGAACACCUGACAGUACCACCAUGACCUCCAAAACCGUGGCUCUGCUUCUUGCUGCAUUGGUGGCUUCUUUCCUCACAACCACUGAAGCAGCUUCUGUAAAUGGGACUGCGGGCACCUGGGGAGAAAUAGCAGAGAACAUUGCACAUCAAGUGAAUGAAGCUUACAACGACCUGGCAGAUGCAGUUGAGGAAAACAAUAAAGACUCAGACAGUGAGGAACCUCUGUACUCGGCAACCAUCUCUGUCCCCCACGUGGUUAACGGACAGUGCCAGAAGACUGUGGCUGUGGAAGGGAACGGAGUGAAUGACGAGAUCGAAGUUCCUUGCUACAUGGAGUCCAGCAUCAUCACAACCAACAACCAGCUGACAGUCGGCAACAUGAUCUUCAGCAACACAGCCAACACUCUGGUGGUGGUACGGGACAACCGCUGUGUGCUCAAGACAUACAAGGACGGGAAGGUGGCCGGCUCCACUCCUCUCAGCAGACAAGACUGCGCCAUGGUGAAGAAGGUCAUGAGGGAGGUCAGGCAGAACGAUGACGCCAAGAAAUGGGGCAAGUGGGCUGAUGGAGUCGCCGCUGCCGCUUCUUUAUUUAACCCCGCCGAGAAUCCCGAUAACAGAUUCCAGAGUUUCCUACAACUUUGGAAUAUUGGAAAACACUAAUGAAGAGUUAAAACCAUUAUAAAUCUCAAUCAGAAAUAAAUUUAUACAAGGUA